AUGGGCGGCAUGGUGGGCCGAACCCUGGAAACCCCAUCGCCGGCGGCAUUUCCCCAAGAGUUCAGCUCCUCUCCACUGGAUAUCCUCCUCUGCGGGACGAAGAUAAAGCAUUUCCCCGAGAGUGAAGAUAAAGAAUUUCUUGGAGGUGAAGAUAAAGCACUUACUUGGAACUGCAGAUUAGGAGACAAAGGUAUGGUCGGCAUGGUGGACCGAACCCUGGAAACCCCAUUGCCGGCGGAAUUUCCCCGAGAGUUCACCUCCUCUCCAUUGGAUAUCCUCCUCUGCGGGACGACGCCGCUCCGGGCCGCCCGCUCCGCUGCAGCGCUGUCCAUCGGCUCCUCCGUCUACCAUCGCCAGGCGGAGCUCCUCCGUAGGUUCAGCACCCAUUACCACCAUUGCGGCGCGUCCAAGGACGCCGUCGCCUCAGCGGCGGAGACGGGGGAGAAGCGGAAGCUCUACCGGGGGGUGCGGCAGCGGCACUGGGGGAAGUGGGUGGCGGAGAUCCGGCUGCCGCAGAACCGGACGCGGAUCUGGCUUGGGACCUACUACUCGCCCGAGUCGGCGGCGUACGCGUACGACCGGGCGGCCUACAAGCUCCGCGGGGAGUACGCGCGCCUCAACUUCCCGGCCCUGCAGGACGCCGGCGACUGCCCCGAGCGGCUGCGGCCGCUGCAGUCGGCCGUGGACUCCAAGAUCCAGGCCAUCUACCAGCGCCUCGGGCGGCGCCGUGGGGCCAUGCGGGACGCGGCGGUUGGCAAGAAGGAGAAGUCGGCGGAAGAGAAGAACACGAGGAAGAAGAAGAAGAACAGGGUUUCAUCACCGACGACGUCGUCGUCUUGUGCGCCUGCGUCAUCAGAGAGCUUGGCAGGCGAAAUGGACGGCGAGUGUUCGUUCGCGCUGUUGCCAUCCUACGAUCCAGAACUAAUCUGGGAGGUGCUCGCUAACUAACUAACAUGGACGUCGCUCUCUCUCUCUCUCUCUCUCUCUC